UUGUAAAGUCUCGUUUAACAAUGACACAAGUUCAUUUCAACUAAACUCAAAGAAAAUGAAGUCUUAUACAGAAAUAGAAGACAUUGUUUCGAAAGUACAAGAAUUAGCACAAAUAAAGAAACUUUUAUUAAAAGUAUUAGAUGAUAUUGAAUCGGCCAUGGAGAAAUGUAAACUGUGGCUUGAAGAUAAAGAGAAUUUCAGUUACACGGAAAUGAAACAAUACAUAAGUGACAAGGCCUCAGAAGCUUUACAAAAAUAUAUCACUAUAGCUGGAAAUAAAAUUGAACGCAUAGCAGGAUCAUCUCAGUCUUCAGAACAAGCUGGUAUACGAAAUAAAGAUUUAGCUUUGGGUUUCUCUACUUUCAGCUCUUCUGAUAAUCAGAUUUUGCAAGAAAAUUAUGACAGAUUAAAUUCAGAUGUCACGUUACAAAAUAAACACUUGAAAAAACUGGAAAGAAAACUCAAAGAUCAAGAAACAAAAAAUAAAAGCAUCGAAGAAAUGACAGAAACACUUUUAAAGAAUAUGCAUGUUUUAGAAGUAAAAGUUUUGGAUUUUGAUAAAAAAUUUACUCAAGAACAUUUUAUGUCUGAACUACAAACUCAGUGUGAAACUUUGUCAACAGAAUUCAAAGAAAAUAAAGAACUACAUGAUACAAAGAUUAACGUUUUAAGCAACAAGUCGGAAAUAAUUGAUCAAAUGCAUCAAGAUAACUCGAACAAAAUGGAAAUCAUCUUACAAAAACAAGAUUAUUUAGACAAUUUACAUUUUGUGCAAGCGCUUGAACGUAUAAGCAUUCUGGAAAAAGACGUCCUUGAAGUUAAGGAAAAUAUUUCAAAACACUCAAAAAAAGUGAUGAAUUUUGAGAGAGAAAUGAAGAGGAAAAAAAUGAAUGAAAUUUCAGAGUUUUUUUGUAAAGAAACUGGCCUAUCCGAUUUUCCCUGUGUUGCUGACUGUCCUCAUAUCAUAGGUCAUCAUGAACAACAAAUAUCAGAAGGAGGGGAGGCUGACCUGUAUAACCUACUAAACGACUGUUACAAGAAUCCUGAUCAUGCAAAUUUUAUUCCUGUUAAAUCAUUCAGAAUAGAGCACUUACCUCCAAGUUACCGAAAUGAAGAUCUGUACGAGUUUAUUAAAGCUGCGGCUGACCUGACAGUUAAAGUAAGUGUCACAUUGACCAGUCCAGAAAGACCAGAAUUUUGGCCCAACACAAACAUUCCAUAUUUUCUAUUCAGCAUGAGAGGAAGUAAACAUUUGAGAACAGGAAGUGGAAAUGUCAUUAAUGUAAGGAAAGAAAUGAAAAAAAAAUGUCCAUGUGAAAAAUGUAAAAUUUCAGAAAAACCAAACAAUAUUUGGUGGACAGUUAUUGUACGGACAGCAGCCAGUGUCAUUUUUGAUAGUCUUGAGGCAGGUCAUUCUGUAUUUCGUUUUUUCUAUGAUACAGAAGAUAGUCCAGAAGUUGUUUUGAAAGGUGUAGAAUAUCACCUAUUCAAAAAUAUUUCUAAAGACUGGUGUCUUUUCGAUUGUGUAACUUGUGAUGAAAAACUAGUUGAUAAGCUUAACAGCAUGGUAAAACAUUAUAAUUACCUCUCUAAGAAAGUAAAUGAUAAAUACAAACAUACUAGAGAUGUUGACAAAAUAAUGUUUAUAGUGUCACAUCCACAUGGGUGCAGUAAACAGUUAAGUCUUGGGCAGUGGAAGAAUAAAGUAAAAUUCAAAGUUGAUUUUAAUAUGCUCACGUAUUUAACAGCAACCUGUCCAGGAAGUAGUGGUGCUUGUGUCCACUGUCUGGGGUAUGGUGCGUAUGUCCACUGUGGAAGUUUGGCAUCUGGACAUAACUAUAGCAAUGAGACUAUAUCUUUGUUGGAAUAAAACAUUGACUGAAAUAUGAAUAUCACUUCCUUAAUUUUUAGAUGGUAGAGAUUUGUAUCAAUACCAAUAGAUAGGUAGCAAAGAUAUUUGGCUUUUUUUAUUCCAAUUAAUCAAUAAUUUGUACAAGUAUUACCUGUUAACAGAGGUUCGCUACGUUUAAAUGAACUAGUCGGUUAGUAUUUAUCUUAAGCGAAUUACAUUUUGAAACACGUAAAUGAACAGCCUUGAAUAACAAUUUUACCUACAAAACAUUUGUUAGCAUGACGCACUUAGUCGCCCCUCAUUCCGCCACUUUCUUUAUACCCUUUAAUUCUAGAAAUUAUGUUUUAUCUUUAAACGCCUUUAAUCAAACUACCAGAAAUCCCUCUCUCUUAAUCCUGUGUACUCCCAGGGGUUAGGGCGAUAUAAUUUUAGUUUGCGUUUUUGACAGACCAGAUCAGUUUCAGACUGUAGUAACGGGCCGCAACCACACCUCUCCACGGAACUCGGUUCUGAGCAGCUUUCUUCAUUUGCUCCCAAGUCAUUCCAGUGCCCUCAGCUUUACUGAUGACUGACCUCUUCCAGAUUUGCUUGGGUCUGCCCACUUUCCUCUUUCCUUGCGGGUUCCAGUCAAAUGCCUGCCUUGCAACAUUGGUAGCUGGUUAUCGCAGGGUGUGUCCUAUCCAGCUCCAUUUUCGUUUUGUGAUGUCUUGGGCUAUGGGCUUUUGUGUAGUUCUCUCCCACAGAAAUCCGCUAGAUAAGAAUAUGCACACUAAAUUCUAUGUGCGUUCAGUUUGACCGAAACCUUUUCUGUUUAAUUUGCAUCAUCUAAUCGAAAGGCCAGUCUUACACAGUUUAGACACCGCUCAAACAUUUUGGUCCAUCAGUUGCAGAAAAAAAAAGGUUGCAUUCUCUCUGGAAACAUGCAUCGUUAGUCUCUUUUUGCCCUCAAACUAAACACAUAUUGGUCUACACAUUAUUGAAGCUAGUAUGGUUGAAACAUUAAGUUUUACCAAUCUCAUGGAAGAGUUGUAUAGUGUAGGGCCGGCCUUGAUCCAAAAUAGGCCCCUUGUUUGGUUGGGCUCCGCAAUUUACAUUCAGUCAAGGCUCUUGUCACAGACUUUAAAGGUGAACAUAUUUAGUAUAUCUUAUGAUUGACGUAACUUUAAUUAAAUCAAAGGCGCCUAUUGUAUUUGUGUUGCUUCCUAUGCAUAUUGUAUAAUAUUUUUUUAUAUAAUGAUCUAAUUAAUAGUAAGAGUUGUAAAAAAAAAUUAGAAGAGAGGUCUCGGAAGUAUCCAAUGAAUUGGGCCCAGCAAUUCGCAAAAUCUGCCCUGGUAAAGUGAAACUACUAUUAACCAUGCAGUCCGCGCUUUAGAGGCCAACGCUCUACACAAGUUUUAAUUCAUUAUUUAUAGACCAUAACUAUACCUCCCACACACGGAACCCUUAUAAAAAAUUAUAUUAAUAUAUAUAAAAUAAGAAAUGACCCUACCAUAAAUAACUUUACCUCUUUUUAAAAAAUAUGACAAUUAUUUAGUUUUUAUCCAGAACACAUAAAUAUGUAAUACAGAUUUUCCAUCUCAUAUAGUAGUAUUUUUCUCCACACACACGCGCGCCAUCUAAAUUAAAGUGAGAAAGGUUUUUAGGAUUCUUUUUAUUUUUUUCCAUUUUUUUUUUUUCUCUUAAAAAUAGGAAGAUAAAAUGAAAAGACAUAACAAAAAUGUUUAAAUUAAACAUACAAAAUAAAAAUUAAAAAGUUACGCGCAAAAUAGUGGAUUGAAUGAUGACAAAAAUUAUAGGAACAUAUAUUAUUUAGUGUUAUAAAAUAAAUGCAGGUGGCUUUAUUGAAUUGAAUUUAGACGAAACUGAGAGAAAAAUAGUUUUGUACAAGUAAAGCUCCGCCGUUUUGAAAGUGAACUUAAAAAUGUGUUGGUUUUUCUAAAUACAUGGCAAAUUAGGAAACUAUAAGUAUUUAUGAUUUUUCUAUCUAUCCCGAUUGAAAUCAAAUUUCAACUAGUGAGUUAGGUUUGACUGCGUGUGUGAGAGUGAGAGUAUAAAUAAUCAUAGACAAUCACGUGUGUAUAAUUUUUCUUUUUUAGAGACCUUUUCUUUUAUACUAAUCAUGUGUUUUCUAAUUUGCAUUGCAUUUUGUAAUGAAAUAAUUGAUACAGAAAUAUUAAUUGUAUUAUGAUACAAUUUUGUGUUACUAUAUGAAAUACAGUUUAAUAAAAUAAUUGUUAAUCUGUGA